UAGACCGUUGCUCCGGCGGAGAGCAAAAAAAAAAAAAAAAACAGAGAACAACAAAAUCCUCUCAUUUCCUUCUCUGCGCCGCCGGCCGACUCGCCGGCGUUCCUCCCAUAUUCAUUUCUACCCCGUGACCCACAUAAACGCGCACAAUCCCCUAAUUCCUUCUCGUCGCUUCGAAAAGUUAACACCCUCCAAUUCUUUUUUCUCUUCUCUAAAGCGUGACACGCAAUUACUCCAUCGUCGUCGUCACCAAUCAUUCGAUUCGAUUGCUUUGCUCCCUUCCUUCAAACCCAAGUCUCUCUUUAGUCCUUUCACCGAUUCCCUCUCUCUCGCUUUACUGAUUUCUUGUCCAGAAAGUAGAAACCCACUGCUGGGAUUCCUGCAAAACCCUCAAAUUUAUAAUUAUUUGACAGCGACGGCUGACCACCGCCACCGCCACCUGCCGGGCUGCCUACCCUUGCGGACCUGAGGGUCUUCUUCAGCAAUCCUCAAUUCCACCCACUUUACUGCUGCUUUUUCUCUUCUGGGUUCUCUCCCUCGCAGAUUUUUCUUACAUGUCUCGCAACGUUGGAAACAACACCAGAAAGUCCAACUCCACGCGCCACCGGGCACAACCCGCCGCCGCGGCGGCCACCACGGUGGCCACGGGGACCGUCGCAGUCAUGCCCGUUUACCCAAUUGACCAAUUGGGUUCUCCCUUCGGCGAUGAUUCCGCCGCCCCUCUCAACUUGUCAGCCUCGGAGCUCCGGGAAUCCGCCUACGAGAUCCUAAUCGCGGCUUAUCGGAGCUCCGGGACCCGCCCGCUCACGUACACCCCUCAGUCGGAGAGAGCGGCGGAUGAUAGAGGGCAGGGUCAUGCCAAUUCGACUCUCACGCAUUCUUCAUCGCUGCAGCGGUCGUUGACCUCGUCGGCAGCGAGUAAGGUGAAGAAGGCCCUCGGGAUGAAAUCGGCGAAGCGGAGAACGAACGGUGAUGGCGAGUCGGCGGGUCAGGGGAGAUCGAGGAAAGCUGCGACGGUCGGGGAGCUGGUUAGGGUUCAGAUGAGAGUGUCGGAGCAGGCUGAUUCCAGGAUUCGACGUGCUCUACUGCGAGUUGCUGCUGGUCAGCUAGGAAGGCGGAUAGAGUCGAUAGUUCUACCUCUCGAGCUAUUACAGCAGCUCAAGUCCUCGGAUUUCCCUAAUCAGCAAGAUUAUGAGGUCUGGCAGAGGAGAAAUUUGAAGCUUUUAGAAGCCGGACUACUUCUGCAUCCACACAUUCCAUUAGAUAAAUCCGACACUGCUGCAAGGCAACUUCAGCAGGUUAUCCGUGGGGCAUUGGACAAGCCCCUUGAUACUGGCAGGAACACCCAGUCAAUGCAAAUACUCCGAAAUGCAGUUAUGCCCUUGGCUAGCAGGUCGUUGAACGGGUCUUCUGUAGAAACUUGCCACUGGGCAGAUGGUUAUCCCCUGAAUCUAAGACUUUACCAAACACUCCUGGAAACGUGUUUUGAUGUCAAUGAUGAGUCAGUUGUUAUUGAUGAGGUCGAUGAAGUGAUAGAACUUAUAAAGAAGACGUGGACAAUUCUAGGAGUUAACCAGACGUUGCACAACAUCUGCUUUUUGUGGGUUUUGUUUCAUCAUUAUGUUGCAACUAGCCAAAUCGAAGAUGACCUCUUGUUUGCUGCAAAUAGUCUGAUUAUUGAGGUGGAGAAAGAUGCAAAGGCAGCUAAGGAUCCAGAGUACUCAAAGAUCUUGAGUUCGACAUUGAGUUCUAUACUGGGUUGGGCGGAGAAAAGGCUUGUGGCUUACCAUGAUAGCUUCAAUAGUGAUAAUACUGAAUCGAUGGAAUGUGUUGCUUCUAUGGCUGUUGUGGCUGCAAAGAGAAUGAAGAAAAUCACUUCAUCCAAGCAACCAUCUAGAAACUUGCAAACUCCACUUCCUCAGCUUGCUAUACUUGCAAAUGACAUUAGCCAACUGGCUUUCAGUGAAAAGGCUAUAUUUAGUCCUAUAUUCAAGAGAUGGCACCCCCAUGCAGCUGGUGUAGCAGUAGCCACGCUUCAUUCUUCCUACAGCAAAGAGUUGAAUCAAUUUGUAUCAAGUGUCAGUGAGCUGACACCUGACGCCAUACAAGUGCUGACAGCUGCUGACAAAUUGGAAAAAGAUCUUGUCCAGAUUGCGGUGGAGGAUGCGGUGGAUAGUGAAGAUGGUGGGAAGUCGAUAAUCCAACAGAUGCCUCCAUAUGAGGCUGAAGCUGUGAUGGCCAACCUUGUGAAGUCAUGGAUAAAAACACGAGUUGACAGACUAAAGGAAUGGGUGGAUAGGAAUCUACAACAGGAGGUGUGGAAUCCGAGGGCGAAUAAGGAAAGGGUUGCCCCAUCUGGAGUUGAAGUCUUGAGAACUGUUGAUGAAACUUUGGAAGCCUUCUUCCUGCUGCCAAUUCCUAUGCAUUCAGCCUUACUUCCAGAGCUUGUAGCAGGGCUUGAUAGAUGUCUCCAAAGUUACAUAUUGAAGGCAAAAUCUGGUUGUGGCACUCGAAGUUCUUAUAUCCCUGCUUUGCCUGCAUUAACAAGAUGUACAACUGGAUCAAAAUUCCAAGUAUUCAAGAAGAAGGAGAAGUCGCAAAUGAGCCAGAGAAGGAAGUCUCAUGUUGGAACUGCCAGUGGUGAUGACUCCUAUGGAAUACCUCAGCUUUGCGUGCGCAUGAAUACUCUGCAUCAUAUUAGAAUGCAGUUAGAAGUUUUGGAGAAGAGGACAACCAUUCAACUGAGGAACAACAUCAAGUCGGGUCAUGUCAAUGAUGAGUUUACCAAUGGAGUUGGGGUGAAGAAGUUUGAGCUAUCAGCUACGACCUGUGUUGAAGGGAUUCAACAACUCUGUGAGGCAGCGGCAUAUAAGAUUGUGUUUCACGAUCUAAGCCCAGUCAUGUGGGACAGCCUCUAUGUGGGUGAAGAUGUUUCAACUUCUAGAAUCGACCCUUUCCUUCAGGAGGUCGAGCAGAACUUGGAGAUUAUCUCGUCGAUGGUGCAUGACAGGGUUAGGACACGCGCCAUUACUGACAUGAUGAGAGCUUGUCUCGAUGGGUUCCUGUUGGUUUUGCUUGCUGGGGGCUCGUCUCGUGCUUUCUCUUUGCAAGAUCAUGUGGUAAUAGAGGAGGACUACAAGUUCCUCCGGGAGCUUUUCUGGUCCAAUGGAGAUGGGCUACCACUCGAGUUGAUAGACAAGUAUUCCGCCACUGUUAGAAGCAUCCUUCCUUUGUACCGAAUGGAUUCGGAAGCCCUGAUUGAGAGGUUCAAAAGUGCAGCCUUGGAGGCUUAUGGCACUGCUUCCAAAUCGAGACUUCCAUUGCCGCCAACUACAGGUCAUUGGGGUCCUAGUGAGCCAAAUACUCUGCUGAGAGUUUUGUGUUACCGGAAUGACGAGACAGCGACAAAGUUUCUAAAGAAGACUUACAACCUGCCUAAGAAAUUGUAG